CCUUGGAUGAAUUACGCGCAAGCGAAGAACAAGCGAUGGACACAAACAGGGCCGAAUAUGAGAAUUCAGGUCAGAAUUACGAUAACGCUCCUGAUACCGAUAUUGUUAGAAGUUUUAGUUGGGAGAAUAAUUUUGAUAGUCUCCUUGAGAUCGACGAUAGUGAUGCGCAGGCAACUGCUUUUGAAGAUACGCCACCGUUUUGGG